CACAUAUUCAUAAAUUUAUCAAACCAAUAGCCCUGAAAAACUUGGAACUCAAAAUUCAAUUCCAAUUCCAUGGCCAAAACAAUUCAUAUAGCAGCAAUUUCAAUCCCAGCAUUCAGCCACCAAGCUUCCAUCAUAGAAUUUUGCAAGAAACUCAUUCAUCAUCAUAAUCACUUCCACAUAACCAUCAUCUUUCCAACCAUAGAUUCACCUCUCCAAGCAACCCUCACAUUACUCAAAUCUCUUCCUUCAAAUAUUACAUACACUUUCCUCCCUCCAAUCAACAAAAAAUCUCUCCCACAAAAUCUCUCUCCAGCAGUCCAAAUCCAACUAGCAGUCUCACAAUCCAUGCCAUCUUUUCAUACCACAAUCUCUUCAUUAUGUUCUUCAUCAACAACACCACCACUUGUUGCUUUAAUCACUGAUCCUUUCGCAAACGAAUCACUCGAAGUACUAAAAGAAUUCAACCUUUUAUCUUACAUAUAUUUCCCUCCUUCAGCAAUGACACUCUCACUUUUCAUCCAUUUUCCAAAACUUCAUGAAGAAAUUUCAUGUGAGUUUAGAGAUCACAAUGAAGCUAUUCAAAUUCCAGGUUGUGUACCUAUUCAUGGAAUUGAUUUACCUGAACAUUUUCAAGAUCGGUCUAGUCUUGCUUAUGAUUUGAUUCUCCAACGUUGCAAAAGAUUCAAUCUUGCUGAUGGGUUUUUGGUUAACAGUUUCUUGAAAAUGGAGGAAAAUACAAUGAAAGCCUUAGAAGAACAUAAUGAUUCUGUUUUUCUUGUGGGACCCAUUAUUCAAAAUGGGACAAGUAAUGAGACAAAAGUUUCAGAUUCAGAUUUAGAAUGUUUGAAGUGGUUGAAAAAUCAAAGUACUAAUUCUGUUUUGUUUGUUUCAUUUGGAAGUGGUGGAACACUUUCUCAAGAACAAGUUAAUGAGUUAGCUUUUGGGUUGGAAUUAAGUGGUCAAAAGUUUUUAUGGGUUUUAAGAGUACCUAGUGAUUCAUCAAAUGAAGCUUAUCUUGGUGCUAAAAAUGAUGAUGACCCUUUAAAUUUUUUACCAAAAGGGUUUUUAGAGAGAACUAAAGGACAAGGAUUAGUUGUACCUAAUUGGGCACCUCAAACACAAAUUUUGAGUCAUGGGUCAAUUGGUGCAUUUUUGACUCAUUGUGGUUGGAAUUCAGUUCUUGAGAGUGUAGUGUUGGGUGUGCCUAUGAUUGCUUGGCCUUUGUUUGCUGAGCAAAAAAUUAAUGCUGUUUUGUUAUGUGAUGGAGUUAAGGUUGCAAUGAGGUUAAAGUUUAAUGAGGAUGGAUUAGUUGGCAGAGAUGAAAUUGCUAAGGUGGUUAAAGAGUUGAUGUUGGAUGAUGAAGGAAAUGUGAUUAGGGAAAGGAUUGAAGAGUUGAGAGAUGCUGCUAUUGAUGCAUUGAAAGAAGAUGGGUCCUCGACUUUGGCAAUUUGCCAAUUUGGUAAUAGAUUGGAAAGUAAUGGGACCAACUUGUAGUUUUAUGUUGGUUAUGCGGUGAUCAUAAUUGAUUUUAAAGGAAAUCUAAUUCGUGGUAAUGAUACUGCGGCGUCUCCUUUAUGUCUUAUUUGACAGUUGAUCAACAUCAUCUUCUGUUUUAGAGCCAUUUUUCUUUACUUUUCUUAUAUUUUUUUAUUUCUUUCUUUCUUUAUGUCUUAUCUUAUCUUAGGUUGUUGGUUUGGCGCCCUUUUUUUUUUAUAUUUUCCUUUUUUAAUUACAUAUUAUGAGUAAGCGGUAUAGAAUGAGGGUAGUCUUUUCGAUUCACCUUGAUGCAUCACAUAUCUCUUGGCCUAUGAAAAAAAUAUAGUAAUUGAUUUUAAAUAAAUUGAUGUUAUGAAUAAUAUUAAUGUGAUGUGGAUGUCCAUUUUCGUCCUAAGACUUUUUAUGUUCAUUAACUCAUAUGAGUGAAUGUCUAUAAUUCAUUGUUA